UUAUUUUAAGGCUUCGUGAUGACGUAGUAGUAAGUUCGCUUUAACUGUGUUUCCCAAAUCGUGUAGUCACUGUGGGAAGCUAGGAGCUAACUUUUAAUAACAAAUAAAUAGUUUAUGGGUUUACUACUGGCAAGGAUUACACGAUAACAUCUUCACAAUGUCUAUUAUGUCCUAUAAUGGAGGGGCUGUCAUGGCCAUGAGGGGGAAGAACUGUGUGGCGAUAGCAGCGGACCGAAGGUUUGGCAUUCAGGCUCAGAUGGUCACCACAGAUUUCCAGAAGAUCUUCCCAAUGGGAGACAGGCUGUACAUCGGUCUGGCUGGUCUGGCUACUGAUGUCCAGACAGUAGCUCAGCGGCUUAAAUUCAGACUGAAUCUGUACGAGCUGAAAGAGGGUCGUCAGAUCAAACCCAAAACCUUCAUGAGCAUGGUGUCCAACCUGUUGUAUGAGAGGAGGUUUGGGCCAUACUACAUUGAGCCAGUGAUUGCUGGACUAGAUCCUAAAAGCUUUGAACCCUUCAUCUGCUCCUUGGAUUUGAUUGGCUGCCCCAUGGUGACUGAAGAUUUUGUUGUGAGCGGGACCUGCUCGGAGCAGAUGUACGGCAUGUGCGAGUCUUUGUGGGAGCCCGACAUGGAACCAGAGGAUCUGUUUGAGACCAUCUCUCAGGCGAUGCUGAAUGCUGUCGACCGGGACGCCGUGUCCGGUAUGGGAGUGGUCGUUCAUGUUAUUGAAAAAGACAAGAUUACCACACGAACCCUGAAAGCCAGGAUGGAUUAGAGCUUCUGUUUCUCCUCACUUAUGAAGUUUUGUACAAAACUUAUUCCCAACACCCUGUUUUCUUACUGAUACUGUUCAAUAAAUAAAAAUGGAAUUAAAGAAAAAA